UUAGUGGUGGUAUAUCGAUACACAACACCAACAACUCCAGUUGCCGCAGUUCAAAGAUAUUUGUAUUAAUUUUUGUGUCAAUUAACAGAAUAGAAGAAAUUCUCAAAAGAGUAGGCAUGUUUCAGCCGAAUGGAUAUAUCCUUAUAUUCACACUAUUGGCGCUACGCACUGCCGCAAGCCCGCCACCAAUUAUGGACCCUGUGAUUUUGGCGCCGGGUGCAUCCGUCGAUAUCCCAGAAAAUGGCUAUGGAUCGAAUACGCUGAGGACGUACUGCUAUCCAGGUAAGCCGUCCUCGCUGCUCAGUAUCUUCGAGACAUUUGAGUUCCUGCUGGGCAUCGGCAACGAUGACUACUCCCAAUACGGUGGACGCACACCAAAGGAGGUUCUGGAUCACUACAACGAGCAGCGCUCCCUGUUCAGCUUCACGCUCUUCUCACAGAAGCGUCAGCGCAUACAUCUGUCGCCAUUUGAGCCGCAAUGCAUUGGCGUAUCCUCGCGCCAGCCCUACAAUGUGCGACUGCAUCAUGCGAAGUGCAAUGUCUGGCGGUUGCUGCAGUUUGGCCUGGGGACGCUCGUAUUCUGGAGCAGCCGCAGCUUGGCCAAGAACAGCAUAUUCUAUUACUUGGCCGGCAUUAUGCUUGGCAUUUGUGGCUCGCUGCUGCUGAUCAUCUCGCUAACGUCUAAGCUUUUACCCCGGCGUCCCAUGAUGUAUGGCGUCCUGAUUGGAGGCUGGACCAUUGGGAUGUACAUAAUCAAGCAACUGGCCGACAAUAUGCGGCUAAUCAUAGUGACUUAUCGCGGCUAUGUGGUGUGGUAUCUGAUAAUAACCAGCCUCAUCUCAUUCCUCAUCUGCUACCGCAUUGGCCCGCCGACGAAUGCACGCUCCCAGAACAUCAUCAUGUGGCUGCUGCAGGCGGUUGGCGGGGCACUGGCCUACUUCAGCAGCUGGCACAGCCGUGGCGUGCUCUCGCUGAUGGUCUGCAUAUUUGCGGCUUACUAUUUACCCGCAUCGCUCUUGCCCGACGUGCGCUCGUACUACCGCCGUCGCUUUCCGCCCAAGCCGCGGCUGCUGACAAAGGAGGAGUACUUCCAGCAGACGGUCAACGAGACGCAAAAAUCACUGGAGGAGCUGCGCAAGUUCGUGAACAGCCCCAACUGCAAGCAGUGGAACAUAAUGGGCGCAAUGCGCAAUCCGUGGCGCUUCGCCUCUUUCGCCAGUGGGGAUCCACAUUUGUUUGACGAGGAAAUCGAGGACUAUUCACGCACCAUAGAAGAGUCCAUGGAGGCGGCCGACUUGAUCGAUGCCGAGGACUAUCUGCAUUGCAUCAUGCACUAUCGGCCCUCGUCCGAUCACAGGUUCAACGUGAGCCGGCAGCGUCGUCGAGCGACUAUGCCACAGUCACAGCCACAACGCGAAACGACACGCGGUGCAAACAUGCCGCAGGACUACGAUUCAGAUAGCAAUGACGACGAAUACAUAGAGCAGGAUUAGGAGAAAAA